AUGUGGUUCUUCAUAUCUGGAUCCCUUAAAGCUACUUCCAACUUCCUGACUCAUCUGCAGAGACGGCAUGCACAUGUCCUGACUGGCCUGAAGGACAAGAAGAGGAAGCUGACUGAUGAACAACCCAGCUUGGAUACCUUCGUGGAGACAGAAAAGAAGAAGUUUUCUUCAAGUGACAGCCGACAACAGAAGAUCACAGACAGUAUCACGAUGUUCAUUGCUCGAUCUCUCAUGCCAUUGUCCAUUGUAGAAAACUCCUACUUUCGAGACCUCCUCCACUGCAUGGGACCAAGGUUUGUCAUUCCAUCUCGGAAACAUUUAACUUCAAGUCUCAUCACUAAGAAAUGUGAAGAAAUAAUUCUAGCCAUGAAACAGGACUUUGAGAAAACUGAGAGUGUGUGUGUGACAAUUGAUCUGUGGUCAAGUCGACAAAUGAGAGGAUACAUAGGAAUAACUGGACACUACAUCAGUUACUGGCACUUGGAGUCAGUCACACUCGGGUGUAAGCAGUUUACAGGUCGACACACAGCUGAGAAUAUCCUACAGCAUUAUGAAGAAACAAUUGCUACCUUCAACCUAAGCAGUAAGAUCACAAACAUUGUAACGGACAAUGCUAGCAACAUGAAGAAAGCCUUCAGAGUCGACCUGCCAGAGCAUCAGAGCUGCUUCGCCCAUACCUUACAGCUGACUGUACACGAUGGAUUCGGAGAAGGAGGGCAGAUCAACAAAAUCAUUGCCAAGGCAUCUAAUAUUGUGUCCCAUGUGAGGAGAUCAAUUCUUGCCUCUGAGAUCCUUGCAGAUGAAGGAAAACUCCAUAAUUCAACAUAG